ACACAUAUCACGCCGGAUACAAGCAGAUGAUCACAUUUUCAUCCGGCUGACCCCGCCUCUGGUGAAUGCAGGGGCGCUCCAUGUGACGCUGGGCUGUAACAAAAAUCCAGUAUGGCGGAAUCUGUCAGGAGAUGAUUUUUUUCGUCUCCCUGUGCGCUGAGAAAAAAUCCCGGAGUCUUGACAUGGGAGCGAUAUAAACCCCCUGAGGGACACAUGUUGGGAAGACUGGCCUCCUCUUGGCCGGUGUAGGUGAGCUGUUGGUGCUAAUCGGAGUAGCCAAAUCAUUAUGCUAAUGGAGAUUGGCUGCUGCUGGCGGACGUCUGCUACCUGUUUCCUGUAUGAUCGUGUGGUGUUGGAUCAGCCUGAGCACUCUUACACAUUUGAGGUCACACUCCCAGACAUCCACAGUUUUGGAAGGGUAACAGCCCUCCUCAUAAAUUACACCUGCACCUGAACACAUCCACUCACAUUUAUUCUGCAAUAGACACAUAAACUGUGCCAGGUGCUUUCUAGUUGUGCUGUGUGGACACCCACCUGACUGACCUGUCAGCGAUGACAUCACACAGUCACCAAGAGGGAAUCCUGGGAAAGGAGCAGCCUCUCGAGGUUCUCAAGACAUCUGCGCUCAACCACAUCCCAACAGUGGACAUCAACUCUGCGCUGCCCAUCCGUCUCCCUCCAGCCGCCAUUCCAAUGGAUCUGCGCGUGGACCAUCACCAGCAGCAGCAGCAGCAGCAGGUAUCCUCACUAUCCCCUCCCGCCCAGCAGUCACCUGGACCCCUCGGAGGAACGGGCCAGGCCGGCGGGGGUGUGGUGGCGGCUUCGGUGCGUGAGCAGCAGCUGCAGCAGGAGCUCCUGACCCUGAAGCAGAAGCAGCAGAUCCAGCGGCAGAUCCUCAUCGCAGAGUUCCAGCGGCAACAUGAGCAGCUGUCCCGUCAGCAUGAGGCCCAACUCCAGGAGCACAUUAAGCAGCAACAGGAGCUCCUGGCUUUAAAGCACCAGCAGGAGCUGCUGGAGCACCAGAGGAAGAUGGAGAACCACCGUCUGGAGCAGGAACUGGAGAAGCAGCAGAGGGAGCAGAAGCUGCAGCUACUCAAGAACAAGGAGAGGGGGCAAGAGAGUGCUGUGGCCAGCACUGAGGUAAAAAUGCGUCUCCAAGAGUUUGUCCUAAACAAAAAGAAGGCCCUGGCUCAACGUAGCCUGAACCAAGGAGGCCUCCCCAACGAUGCUCCAUACUGGUACCGCAAAACGCAGCAUAGCUCUCUGGACCAAAGCUCACCUCCACAGACUGGUCUGUCCACCUACAACCACCCUGUGCUGGGUGUCUACAACCCCAGAGACGACUUCCCACUGAGAAAGACUGCCUCAGAGCCCAACCUGAAGCUGCGCUCCCGGCUGAAGCAGAAAGUCAGCGAGCGUCGGAGCAGUCCGCUGCUUCGCCGUCGAGACAGCCCCAUCAGCACCGCUAAGAAACGCUCACUCGACAUGGCAGACUCUGCAUGCAGCAGUGCCCCCGGCUCCGGCCCAAGCUCCCCGAACAACAGCUCCAACAAUAUCCCCAAUGAGAACGGCAUCACUGUGUCUGUCUCCAACAGCACGGAGGCGUCUCUGGCCCAGAGGCUGUGCAGCGCUGGCGAGCAGGGCUCCAUUAACCAGCUGUCUCUCUACACUUCACCAUCCUUACCCAACAUCACCCUGGGGCUGCCCGCCACUGCCACAGCCACUGCCGCCUCCAAUGUUACAUCGGCUCAGCAGGAUGGAGGUCUGCAGCCAGCCCUUUCCCUUAGUCCCCCUUUCCUCUCUGGCGGCCACUUGACCCCCUAUCUUGCAGAAGCUGGAGCAGGAGCCAGCGGGCACAGUUCGCACAGCCCCUUGCUCCAACACAUGGUGCUAAUAGAGCAAAGUCCGGCGCAGAGCCCUCUGGUGACAGGUGUAAGUGGCCUGUCUAUGUCCUCAGCAGCAUCCAUGGCCAAGUUGCAGAGGCAGCACCGUCCCCUUGGUAGAACUCAGUCAGCCCCACUCCCUCAGGGGAGCGCUGCCCAGGCACAUGCCCAGGCUCUGGCCCUGCAGCAGCUGGUGGUCCAGCAGCAGCACCAGCAGUUCCUGGAGAAGCACAAGCAGCAGUUCCAGCAGCAGCAGCUUCAUCUCAACAAGAUGAUCACCAAGCCCAGCGAGUCACCUGUGGCCCGGCAGCACCAGAGCCAUCCCGAGGAGACGGAGGAAGAGCUAAGAGAGCACCAGGAUGGGGGAGCUCUUCCGCCGGGGGUCACUAUCAAGCAGGAGCCCCCCGAUCCACAGGAGCUGCAGGAGGAGGCACUGCAGCAGCACAGGGAGAGGGAGAGGCAGGCCGAGCAGGAGCUGCUCUUUCGACAGCAGGCUCUCUUGCUGGAGCAGCAGCGGAUUCACCAGCUGAGGAAUUAUCAGGCUUCGAUGGAGGCUGCCGGUUUGUCCAUCUCCUUCCCUGGACACCGCCCCCUAUCCAGGGCACAGUCAUCUCCGGCCUCAGCUUCCUCCUUUCCGAUCAGCGUCACCACGUCCGAUCCGCCUGUCAAGCCUCGCUUCACCACAGGCCUGGUGUACGACUCUCUGAUGCAGAAGCACCAGUGUAUGUGUGGAAACACUAACAGCCAUCCGGAGCACGCCGGGCGCAUUCAGAGCAUUUGGUCCCGGCUGCAGGAGACCGGGCUCAGAGCACAGUGUGAGUGCAUCCGUGGGAGGAAGGCCACUUUAGAGGAGCUUCAGACAGUUCACUCUGAAGCCCAUGUGCUACUCUAUGGAACCAACCCACUUCGACAGAAACUUGAUUGUUCAAUCACUCCAAUGUUUGUACGGCUACCGUGUGGAGGAGUUGGAGUGGACAGCGACACCAUUUGGAAUGAGGUCCACUCCUCCAGCGCUGCUCGCCUUGCUGUCGGCUCCGUAGUGGAGCUUGUUUUCAAAGUGGCUACUGGAGAGCUGAAGAACGGCUUCGCAGUGGUUCGCCCCCCUGGACACCACGCAGAGGAAAGCACUCCCAUGGGUUUCUGCUACUUUAACUCGGUGGCCAUUGCAGCCAAACUGUUGCAGCAGAGACUCAGCGUCAACAAGAUCCUCAUCGUGGACUGGGAUGUUCACCAUGGCAACGGCACCCAGCAAGCAUUUUACGACGACCCUAAUGUCCUUUAUAUGUCUAUUCAUCGCUAUGACGAUGGCAACUUUUUUCCAGGAAGUGGAGCACCUGACGAGGUGGGCAGUGGACCUGGAGUCGGGUUCAAUGUCAAUGUUGCAUUCACCGGAGGCCUCGACCCACCUAUGGGAGAUGCAGACUACCUGGCUGCCUUCAGGUCCGUGGUGAUGCCAAUAGCCAAUGAGUUUGCUCCGGACAUCGUGCUGGUCUCCUCUGGCUUCGACGCUGUGGAGGGACACCCUCCACCGCUGGGUGGCUACACUCUGACGUCCAAAUGUUUUGGCUAUUUGACUAGAGAGCUGAUGACCCUUGCAGGAGGCCGGGUGGUCCUAGCACUGGAGGGAGGGCACGACCUCACCGCCAUCUGCGAUGCCUCUGAGGCCUGUGUGGCCGCCCUGCUCGGACAGGAGCUGGACCCGCUCCCAAAGGCCGUCCUCGAGCAGAGGCCCAACCCCAACGCUGUUCGCUCGCUGGAGAAAGUUAUAGAGACUCACAGUAAGUACUGGCGCUCUGUGCAUCGCUACUCUUCGCGGUUGGGGCUCUCCCUGUUGGAGGCCAAACGAGGAGACUCCGAGGAGGCAGAGGCCGUCAGCGCCAUGGCCUCUCUGUCCGUGGCCAACACCAACGCCAUGGAUCAAAGCAGGCCAGAGGAUGAGCCCAUGGAGGAAGAGGCACCGCUGUAACGGAGGCGGCCGUGAGGGUGUCGCAGUGUUACCAUUGACCUCUCCGGAGAAGAGUCUCGACUGAUCCCUUCAUUUAGUCCCCCUAACCCCACUCACCACGUCAGUCACCUUGAUUGGCGGCCCCUCGGCCAAAAACGAGGGAGAGGGGGUGGGCUCAGCCUCAGAGUAGGGAGCCAAUCAGAAGACAGAGGACUGAACUGGAAAAAGAAAAUUAAAACAUAACAGCGUUGCUUGGCAGUACUCGCUCAGAGACUCUUUUUUUUCAGUCUUCGCAACCCUCCUCGUUAGCCCACAGCGGCUAACUGAGUGAUCACAGCAGUGGGCGAGUGUCUUUGGAGCGGGGGCGAGAUCAGGUCUCAUCAUGUGCAGAAACAUACGGUGCUUUACGCAGCUGCCCUCUGACCACAUUCAGUAUGGACACCAGGGACAGCAGACGACCCCCAGCUGUCUGAAAGCAGCUCGGGGAUUCUCUUUUUUCUUUUCUUAACUUCUUUCCCUACAAAACAGGGGCAUCGCGGAGACUGAGAUAACAUUUUACCAGCCGCGUUCACUGUGGAUUCUGGUUGGUUUGAGGAGAUUUUUUUUUAAAGAUUUGACGGCGAGACUGUCGCCUCACCCAGAGAAGCCUGUCGUUGGAGGUUGACGAGUGAGAGGAGUGCCUUGGUGAGGGUCCACUUGAUUUCAGGAUUGUUCAGGAAAAGAUUGCCUUAAGUUAAAAGAUUUUCUCCCCCCCGAGGAACCUGUGCGAGGGAGGGAGGGAAGGGAGAUGGAGAUCGCAAGAACGACAAAAAGCAAACAAUCUUUCAGCAUGUUUACUUGGAACGUGAUGAAGACAGCAUUUAUGUCUCUCACAGCCUCUCUUGAAGAGUUACUUUACUUUUUGGAUGGAUCUAUUUUUCUGUAAAAAACAAAAAAAAAGACAAAGAAAGACAGAAAGAAAACGCUUUGUAAAGGUAGUUGCCAGCUUCAGUAGAAAAAAAGGUGCAAACAUGGAGAAAUUCAAACAAGGAUUUUGACUGCAAAUUCUCAAACAGGUUUUAGCCUUUAAUGUAGCUUCCCUUUAACCGAGGUCAUGGCUUUCGACACAUUAAAGCAUGCAUCUGAGCAGAGGCCUGACUUUACCGCAAGAUUUCUUUGAAUGUUAUCCAAAAGAGAAAGCCAAGCAAGAAAAGCCAAAGCAUGAGUUUGCAUUUACAGUUUCUCUCCUCUUUGCUGACGGCUCGACAAACAUUUCACGUAUUGGUCCUUUAAGAGAAGGCUCCCAAUACCCAGUUAAGUGUUUACUGAUUUAAUCCGUCGCAGAUCAGGUAGGCAUUUCUUUACAUGUGCUGAUCAAGCUCUCAUGCUUUGCCAGUUGGCAACUACCUUAGUGUGAGCUAAACAUUAGUCAUGUAUAUUGAAUUGAAUAUAUUUUGACAGGCAGUAAUGGAGUAUUGUCGGUUUGUAUCUACAUGUAUGAUUUCUGCAUCAAGUUGUCAAUUUACAAUAUCAGAAAUGUGUUUGGUAAGCGUGUCCACUUUUUAUUUUUUAUUGUAUAAGAUUAUUUUUCUAACUUUUUUUUUUUCAUCCAUAGAUUUUGUUCUGUGUUUUUAUCCGUUUUCAGGAUAGUUAUAGGGCUGCCAUUCACGUACGUAGUGCUGUUGUCAUUUCUUGUUCAAGACUUCUUUCUUUCUUGUAUUUAUCACAAACAAGGAGCAACACUUUAUUUCUUUCUACGGCUCCCUCAGCCUUUCUGCAUUUUCAUCAACUUAUGUAUUUAUAACAUGUACUGUUUAUAGGAGAUUUGUAUAUGGAAAAUUUAUAAAUUUACUCUAACUAAUGACAGCUAUGAUAUUGUGAGCAAAAAACAGUAUGGCAUAUGAUGCUACUCCAUGAACUUAAAAAGAAAAAGCAGCAUAUUUAACUCGUCAUCGACUGCACUGUUUUUCCAAGUUGCCCUUGAGUGAGUCAUUACACGGCACUGCAAUCAACUUAACACAUUUGAUCACUUUGUUGCCUAAUCAAUACAUUCUCCUCCUGUGCAUGGGUGAUAUGCACUUACCUUUCGACUGUGACAACAUCAUCCAUGAAGAGGUUUCCAAGCCGUUUUGAUGUAGCUGGCUGAGUUUUCUGCAGCAGGAAAAGAAGACGAGGACAUGGAUGUCAGGAAAGUGGUAUUUUGAGCCAGCUUGGGAUGAAUGAAAAAACAUCAGCCAAUCAUGUUGCACUCUCACGUCUGACAUCUGUUUUCUUUUUUUUUUUUUCCUGCUGGAAUCCAACUGAUCUCACACUACGACUUUAUUGCUCAAAUUAACCCCCAUGUGUCAACAGCUUUGUUAAAUUAGUGACUAUCAUGUUUAUUUUAAGUUGAUAUCAUUUUAUAAACUUGUACAAUUUGAGGUUGAGUUGAUAUUUUUCAUGUCUUAACAAAACAUUCCACUUGUUACUUGUUUGAUUUGGCUUUAUUUUUAGAGGUGAAUUUGAGGUUCUUUUGUAGAAACUUUAUUACUUUUUUCUUUUUUUCGCUGUCUGCUCGCGCAAACUUUAACUCUUUGCAUGGUUUGUGAGUCAGCAUGCCUGCUUGUCUAUGUAACAAAAAAAAAAAAGUAUUUGCACAAUAGAAGAAGAACACUGGAGGACUUUAAAAUAUAACCUCCCCCAAAUGCACCACGUGGGAAGGUUUUUCUUCCUCUCUGGUGGGCAAACAGUUAAAAAGACUUUGUCCAAAUGACUCCCGGAGAAGCAUUUGAUAUUUUGACUAUCCAAUAAGUGAUUUUAACACGAUUCAGCACUUACAACAUGUAUGGACUGUGUUUGAGAGGGAUGUGCUCUGCCAAACCUUUGCUACAGUCACACCUUAAAAAAAAAAAGAAAACUCUCCCAAAGAAUGUUGCUCUUUCAAAGAUUUUUUUCAGCUACAGCGGAUCAGAAAUGAUGGGUAUUGUCUGAGAAACGGUUUGGGAUUUUUUUUUUUUUUAAUUUUAAAAAAGGGCAUCAUUGAUUGAUUGUCACAUCCACCUUGGCCAGUUCUAUAUAUAUAUAUAUAUAUAAAACCACUGUGGCUCAAGAGCGAUUCUUGGUUUACAUGUAAAUGGAUAAAAAAGUUAUUUUUAUUUGUUGUUUGUCUCUAUUGAUGAAAAAUGUUAUCUUUCUUUGGGACCUACGCUUUGGACAUUUCAUCUCUUAAUCAUCUAUAGAAUAUAUUUCUGAAAAAUA